AUGGAGCCAGUGUUCAACUCGGCCGAGGGCCCGCCUUCGCCACCGGACUCGCCGCCGCCGCCACCUUCUACAUCUGUGUUGGCCGGGGCACAAGCGCCCGCGCCUGAUACCCGUCCUUCGCCGUACCUCGAAAAGCUUGCCUCCAUGCCUGACAACUAUGUGUUUUGGAUCCCCCCGCGCCCGCCAUACGUCUACGAACCCAUUUAUUACUUCUUUUACGGCACGCUGACGAGCCCCCACAUACUCAAAGAGGUGCUGGGUCUUAAAGCCGACCCGGUCCUAAGGAGUGCCAAAAUCGUCGGCUACGGCCUCACCAACUGGGGCCAAUACAAGGCUCUAAUCGACAAACCGGGGGCUGUCGUGACCGGCUACGCUUACAAGGUGCAAUCGGUCGAUGAUGAACUCAAGCUAGCGUAUUACGAGACGAACGCGUAUGAGCUGGCGCCGUGCGAGAUCAGCUUUACGGAUGACCCUGAGAAAGAAGAGGAUCGCGGGCCAGUUAUUGGGCACACUUUCAAGUACGCUGGGGACGCGCAAGCCUCCAGGCAAAAAGGAAGAGGGUUUAAUUUGACGUUGUGGGAGAUGUACAUGGGAACACGAUUACCGCCGGGGUGGCAAAUGAAGGCAGAGCCGGAGGUGGACCAGAAGGCAACCGGAAAGCCAGAAGAAGGAUGA